AUGCGGAUGCAGGUGGACGUGGAUGAGCAAUCAAGCAGAAGCUUCCAAACUUUUUCUGAAACAUAGACAGAGACAAUUCCUGAGUAUGAUACAGCACAAGAGACGAACGAGGAAUUCCAAUCCCAUCAUGAUAUUUGAGAGAGAGAGAGUCCAUUUUGCCCCCAUCCUUUUCAGGUCGAUAAUACAAAUUUUCCAUAUGGUAGGGUACAGCCAUACUUGGAUGAGAUGAGAUCAUCAUGCUAUACUUGUCCUUGAAUAUCUAGAAAAUUUUGAUAUUUUUCUCACGAGAAGUGCAUCUUAGAGAAGUAGUCCAAUAUUGAGGUGUAAAAUGUGCGAGAUUUAACAAGCAAUAUUGAUUUUUACAAUGUUGACGUCAGAUUCGACGGUACUUUUUCGCAGUGUGAUGAUUAUGCAUCCGAUAUAUUAGUCUGUAGACUUCUAGAUGGUGAGUGUCCAAUAAGAUAUUGCUUGGGAACAGUAAUUUACUGGCGUUCAUUAAAUCCCUUGGGAGACUUUCCCUUUAUAUUCCUAGCAUUGCUGUGCAAGUCAUUGUAGCCUAACCUCUCGGAAGGGAAAACCCAGCCUCUCUCUCUCUCUCUCUUUCAUACAUUGAACUCUAGCCAUUUCUAAGUCUCAUCUCUCUCUUUCCUAUUCUCUCUUCACACUCAUGGAGAUCAACCCAGCUUCUGCAACUUCCAACCAAAAACUUCAACACCACCUUUCCCCUCAAACACCUCCUCAGCCCCACCACAACCACCUUGGCCUUCUCCACUCCAACUCCAUCUUUGCGAUCUUCAUAGCCACGGCUUCAUUGAUUGCUCUCUUAGCCAUUUUCUUCAUCAUUUUACUCUUCCGACGGCUCAAGUCCGCCAAAAAGCAUGCGAACUGGGAAAGGAGCGACACAAGCUUCGAUAAGUCCAUCAGCGUUGCUCGAAACACUGCGAUCUACGACUGUAGUCCAGAUGUGAAGGGAGGGUGUUUGAGUGGAGGGAAUCUGGGGCGCGGAUCACUGGGGGCGGCAAACAGUAGUAACAACGGGCAUCGGAGAGGAGUGCAAGUGUUCACAUACAAGGAGCUUGAAGUGGCCACAGAAGGGUUCAGUGAAAGGAAUGUUUUAGGGAAUGGAGGGUAUGGAGUGGUGUACAAAGGGGUGUUGAGUGAUGGUACUGUCGCUGCAAUUAAGAUGUUGCAUUGGCAAGGCAAGCAAGGAGAGCGUGCCUUCAGGAUUGAGGUCGAUCUCUUGAGCAGGUUGCACUCACCAUACUUGGUGGAUCUACUGGGCUACUGUGCUGACCAAAACCAUAGGCUCCUAAUAUUGGAAUAUAUGCCCCAUGGCACACUCAAGCAUCACCUGCAUCCAUUGCACUCGCACGGCCAACACAGACCGCUGGAUUGGGGGACCCGGCUAGCGAUAGCCCUUGAUUGUGCCAGGGCCCUAGAGUUCCUGCACGAGCACACGGUGCCCUCGGUCAUCCACCGCAACUUCAAGUGCACCAAUAUUCUGCUGGACGACAACUUCCGUGCCAAAGUGUCCGACCUUGGCCUGGCCAAGAUGGGGUCAGACAAGGUCAAUGGCCAGAUUUCGACGCGGGUACUUGGGACCACCGGGUACCUGGCACCAGAAUAUGCUUCAACAGGCAAGUUGACAACGAAGUCUGACAUCUACAGCUAUGGUAUCGUCCUUCUAGAACUAUUGACAGGCCGAGUACCAGUCGAUAGCAAGCGCCCUGCUGGAGAACAUGUCCUAGUUUCAUGGGCUCUUCCGAGGUUAACUAACAGAGACAAUAUAUUGGAAAUGGUUGAUCCAGCCCUGAAAGGCCACUUUUCGAAGAAAGAGUUGAUUCAGGUAGCUGCUAUUGCAGCAAUGUGCGUGCAACCAGAAGCAGAUUAUCGUCCUCUAAUGACGGACGUCGUACAGUCACUAAUUCCUCUGGCUAAGAACUACUCCUCAAUCAGUUCUUCCAAUUCCUUGAGAUUUCAGAACAAUGCAGUUAGCCCCAGGUACUAGGCGUAAGGGAUUCAUAAGACGACAUUUUCCUUAUUGGAGGCAUGAAGAAUCUUCAAAAUUCAGAGGGACCAUCGACCACACAAGACGACAUGCGAAUACAGAAGAGCACCAAAAAGGAAUAUGCCAUGCAAAAUAGAAAAUCACGACUACCAAGAUCGUGCAAUCUUUUUCCUAGAUAAGGAUAUACUGACCCUAUCCAAAAGCUGUAAAUGCUCAUCUUAGAAAGAGCACUCUGUCUAGUUUUCAUAUUCUCAAAGAUCAUGGUACCAUUAUUUCAUA